CCAUCCGUGUGUCACACCGUAAUGAGUCCCCGCUAGAAAAGCUAUCGGGGUGGAGCAGCUCUGCCAACACAACCUAUGUGAAAAAAAAAAUGGAGCUCAGUUUCGAUCAGCGAUAGAAAUAUGAACUGUGACACCGCUGCCCUCGUGUCGCCUCACCAACUGAUAAAGUUACCCUGAAAACCAGCGGACGGACUGGGCCUGUAUGGCGGGUCUGUCAUAUUUGGUGCUCCGGUUUUCGGGCUCCGCUGGUCGGACGUACGGAGUGUUUUCCAAAGGCUUGACGAGGACUUUGUUGAUAUUUUUUGAUCUCGCAUGGCGGCUGCGAAUCAGAUUCCCUUAUGUCUACCUUGUCGCCUCGAUGAUGUUUAAUGUGAGAUUACAGGUUCACAUUGAAAUCCACUGAGUCUUCAAUGGCUGCAUUUAGACUUAACAAUGGAUAGUGAGCACAGCCACGUUUCAGCCGUCAGAAAACACCAGCUGACCCCACACAACGAUGUGAAGAAAGAAGACACUUAAUUUGAUCCAACACAGUGACGUGGCUGUUUGUUUCUACCAGCCGGGCCCGGUGGGUUUGCAGGUGAUGGUCAGCGAUGGUGUCUGCAGAAAUGAGACGGGGUGAGCAGUGAUAUGCGAAGGUGGAGGGGAGAGACGCCUCACAGUCACCGAUUCAGGAGAAGCUCGUCAGGUCCAUGAAGAUAUUUACUCCUCUUUCCUCUCUGUUAUCGAGGACUGUAGCCUGAAUUCAAACAUGAAAACAGAUGAUUGUUGCUGUGAAACCUUGUAGUUUCUCUUUGUGUCUCACA